AUGAAGUCCCAGGCAACCAUGAUUUGCUGUUUAAUGUUAUUUCUGGCCACAGAAUGUUCUCAUGAUAGAUCCAAGAUCCACACAAAAGAUGGAACUAAAUUUCAACGUCCUGAAGGGAAACCCAAGACUGAAAGGAUACAAGAGAAAUGCCAUGGACCCUGCAUCGCUUCUUCCAACUGCAGCCAGCCCUGUGCUCAGCACUUUCGUGGAGAAAUAGGAUUUACAUGUAAUCGAAACAAGUGGCAAAAAUCAACUGAAACAUGUACUAGUCUUUCUGUGGAAAUACUCUUUAAGGACUUAAAUAGUGCAUCACGCCUUUCCAUCGCAGCACCAUCUAUACCUCUGCCCGUUCUUGACUUUCGAGCUCCAGAGCCUGUCCAGAGUGUCGCACAAGGAAUCCGCAUGAACUGCCCACAGGACUAUGCUUGCAUUGUUGAUGCUGUGAAAUCCUCAGAAGCCACAUCUGGAAAUAUUGCAUUUAUAGUGGAGUUAUUAAAAAAUAUUUCUAAAGACUUGUCUGAUAAUGUUACCCAAGAGAAAAUGAAGAGCUACAGUGAAGUGGCCGACCACAUUCUUGACACAGCAACCAUUGCAAAUUGGGCUUUCAUUCCCGACGAGAAUGCCAGCUCGGAUUUGUUGCAGUCAGUGAAUUUGUUUGCUAGGCAACUCCACAUUGGCAAUGACUCUGAGAACAUUGUGGAUGAACUCUUUAUUCAGGCGAAAGGGUUUCACAUUAACCACAAUACCUCAGAGAAAAGUUUCAGGUUCUCCAGGAACAUGAACAAUACAACAGAGGAUAUCAUAGGAGUGAUAGAAAUUCCCAGGCAUGAGCUGUGGAAGCUGCCACCAAAUAUGUCUCAAGCCGUCAGCAUAGCUUUUCCCACCUUGGGGGCUGUUUUGAAAGAAGCCCACUUACAAAAUGAGAGUCUUCUCAGGCCAGUGAAUAGUCUGGUCCUUUCGGUGAUUUUACCAGAAAGAUUACAGCAAAUCUUACUCACGUUUGAGAAGAUCAAUAAAUCCCGGCAUGCCCGGGCUCGGUGUGUUGGCUGGCACUCCUGGAAAAGGAGGUGGGAUGAGAAGGCUUGUGAAACAACGUUGGAUAUCACGAACAAAGUGAAAUGCCGGUGUAACCGCACCAAUGUGGUGAUGUCUUUUUCCAUUUUAAUGUCCCCCAAAAUUAUAGAUGACAAAAUCCUGGGCUACAUCACCUGCAUUGGGCUCAGCGUCUCCAUCCUCAGCUUGGUUCUUUGCCUGCUCAUUGAAGCCACCGUGUGGUCCCGGGUCGUGGUGACGGAGAUAGCCUACAUGCGUCACGUGUGCAUUGUGAACAUAGCCGUGUCCCUCCUGGCCGCCAAUGUGUGGUUUAUCGUAGCCUCUAACUUUAACAAAAAGGCCCUGGACCACAAGUGGUGUGUUGCGAUGACAUUUUUUAGCCACUUUUUCUACCUCUGUCUGUUUUUCUGGAUGCUCUUCAAAGCCCUGCUCAUCAUCUAUGGGAUAUUGAUCGUUUUCCGCAGGAUGCUGAAGUCCUGCAUGAUGGCCAUUGGCUUCGCCAUUGGCUAUGGGUGCCCGCUGGUCAUAGCUGUCACCACCGUUGCUGUCACAGUGCCAGGGAAAGGCUACCUGAGACGCGAUGCCUGUUGGCUUAACUGGGACAAUACCAAAGCCCUGCUAGCAUUUGCCAUCCCUGCCUUGAUCAUCGUGGCUGUGAAUCUUCUUGUGGUUUUGGUUGUUGCUGUCAACACUCAAAGGCCCUCUAUUGGCAGUUCCAAGUCUCAGGAUGUAACCAUAAUUUUGAGGAUCAGCAAAAAUGUUGCCAUCCUUACCCCACUGCUGGGACUGACCUGGGGUUUUGGAAUAGCCACCCUCAUAGAUAGUACUUCCUUGAUAUUCCACAUCAUCUUUGCCCUGCUCAAUGCUUUCCAGGGGUUCUUCAUCUUGUUGUUUGGAACCAUUAUGGAUCACAAGAUUAGAGAUGCUUUGAGGAUGAAGAUGUCUUCACUGAAGGGACCAUCAAGGGUAGCAGAGAAUGCAUCAUUAAGCCCAACCAAUGGAUCUAAAUUAAUGAAUCGUUGAGGAUGAGACGCUUCCCCAUUUCUCAUGGAUGUUCUGUGUCCUGGACGGAGAGUUGAUCCCCAGGAGAAGGAGGCUGGAAAGUGGGCUGGAAUGAGAAGGGACAGUUAUGCUUCCUUGGGAGACUUUCGCUUCUUGCUAGGAGUAAUCCCUAAGCUCUCAGUGUGGAAAUAUCUGCUGAGGAAAAGAGGAGGAUAACAUUUGGUGACUAGGCUUUAAGGAAGUGGAUCUACUGACACUUUGACUUACCCUUGACCUGCAAGAGCUAGCUUCUUGGUCAACCUUGGCAAGAUUAAGACUCAACCUGCAAGCCGUUUUAUGACCUCUUGACAAGCCUGGGGUUGUUGAGGCCCUGCUCGACUUGAUCUGCUGUUACUCCGGAGGCCUGCUCUGUGUCUCCAUGGGCUCAGCCAUCCAUCAC